CUCGCCAAGUUACGCAUGGCGAUCUUGAUUGCGUUUCUCAUGGCUUUCUGACAGUUCAUUCACUUCACUUUGUGGGCAAACUGUUGGAGAUUCGUAAAUUGAUUCAUUUUGUCGUUUUUAUUAUGUAGUGUUACGUUUUUUCACUUUUUAUCGCUAACUUUUAUCCAACAGGAGGCUAGCGUUAGCAUUACCAGAAUGUGGUCUCUGAAGGUCGGCUGUUCGGCUUUGGUUUCGCAUAAAGUUAGCAGAGCUGUAGCCGGUCAUGUUUAUUUUUCUGUCUACUCUGCUCGUCUUUGUCCAACAUCAGCCUCCACAGAAGAGAUCCCCAUCAUUCGUGUUCCUCGCUAUGUGCAGAAACGCGUUGAGAACCCGAAGCAGACCCGAGGCAAGAACAACCUGAACACCGUCAAAGCCGGCAGACUCCUCGUCCAGAGCAGAAACGCUAGUUUGAAUCAGUCUGUUGGAUACACGUACGGAAAGUUUGAGGAACCUACUCUGUGCUCCAAAGGAUGGAAGCACAACAAGUCUUACGGGGAUUAUUUCACCAUUAACAACAUCAAGUCUGUUGCACCCUUUGUUUCUGGAAGCCCAGAGGAGGAUGCAGAGAAGCCUGCAAAGACGUUCCAUAAACUGCACAUCUCCAAGGAAUUAGUGGAGACUUUGGAGCGCCUCAAUAUUACUCACCCCACCACUGUGCAGCUGCAGACCAUCCCAAAGGUGAUGAGAGGUCACAACAUCCUGUGUGCGGCGGAGACAGGAAGUGGGAAAACACUGAGUUAUCUGCUGCCGAUUGUGCACAAAUUGAAACUCACCGAGGGCGAGUUUGGAGCGGGUUCUGCAAAAAUCCGCACCGUGAUUCUGGUGCCCUCGAGGGAGCUGACUGACCAGGUUGCCGCCGUGUCCAGGAGCCUGUGUGCGCCUUUAGGCAUGGUGACUAGGACUGUGGGUGGCGGGCGAGGAGUAGGGCACAUUAAAAGUGUCUUCAAGCAAAGCGUUCCGGAUAUUUUAGUGGCGACACCAGGUGCUUUGGUCAAAGCCUUGAGGAGAAGCUGGUUGGAUUUGAGUGAGCUGAACUUCUUGGUGGUGGAUGAAGCAGACACCAUGUUUGACCCAAGCUUUGCUGACAUGCUGGAAGACAUUUUGCACCACACCGAGAUUGCAAGACAUCCAAGGGACACUCAAGGCCCCGCGCACAAGGCACAGCUGCUAAUUGUGGGCGCCACCUUCCCCGGCGGGGUCGGGGAAGUUCUCAGCAAGGUCACAGACCUCGGCAGUAUGGUGGUCAUCAAGAGUAAGAUGCUUCACUUCCUGAUGCCGCAUGUGAAACAGACUUUUCUCAAGGUGAAAGGUGCUGAUAAGAUCCUGGAGCUCAACCAUUACCUGAAACUCCUCCAGCAGGAACAAGGAGGAGGAGGUGUUGUGGUGUUUUGCAACAAGUCCUCCACUGUCAACUGGCUGGGGUACUCCUUGGAGGAGAUGGGGGUGCAUCACGCCCGCCUCCAAGGGGAGAUGCCGGCCACCGUGCGCACAGGCGUCUUCCACAACUUCCAGAAGGGAACCGUGGACGUUCUACUGUGCACUGACAUCGCCUCGCGAGGCCUGGACACAUCUCGGGUGUGCUUGGUGAUCAAUUACGACUUCCCGGAAUCACACACGGACUACAUCCAUAGGGCCGGGCGAGUAGGGAGGGCCGGGGGGGUUGAAGGUGGCAAGGUGCUCAGCUUUGUCACGCAUCCCUGGGAAGUGGAGCUUGUGCAGAAGAUAGAGAGGGCAGCACGUAGGAAGAUGAGUUUGCCUGGUAUGGAGUCUCAAAUACGAGAGCCAAAGCCAGAGCUAGUUAUGACGGAACAGUCAGAGGCAAUAUGAGCACGUUUUUGGAAUGAACCAUUAAAAUUUUGGUGAGAAUCUGGGUAAAAGUGUUUUUCUGCCUUUGAAGGCACUCCAAUUUUGCAUUGAGCAGAUGUACCCGAUUUUUUUGUCACCUAUCAUCCCAUUUAAAGUGUUAUUUUUUUAGUACAGCUUUAAUCAGGCACAAGAAAUCCCUACCUGUGGCCGUGACCUAAGCGCAUGCACUGCAUGGGUUUAACCACUAGAUGGCGACAUGUGUCUAAGCAACGUUAGAGCUAUUGGUUGACAAAAUAUAAAACAAAAACAAACAUGCACAUAUAGUUUUAAAAUCAACACAAUACAAAAUCAGAUGUUAAUGUAAUACAGUCAUCCUGCUUCCAUCCAUGCAUGAAUGCUCUUCAUAAUCACUCUGCACAAUACUAAUUAUACGCUGUACAUCUCCAGUUGGGUUGAACACAGGUCCAAACCUGACACUUUGCCUGUUCAUGUGGUGGGUCCGCAGCCCCCUCUUUUCCUUCCUCUGCCUGCGGUGCUUGUUGAAAGGAAAACAUGCUAAAGUCAGUGUCAUCAUGGAAACUUUUCCCGUGUCCCUUAUGUUGUAUGAGGCUGUUGUCAUGCAGAUUAUUUUUUUUAAUUCAGGGAUUAUGGCUAAAUCUUCAUCUCUUCCCAGAUACAUCCUGCUCCCAGAGUGUGCACCUUUUGGGGAGAAAAAUCAGUUUGGGGCAAGUGUGGAGAUUAUUGUAGCAGACAGAUGUGUCAACAUGGGGCUUCCAUCAGAAUGUUUGGAAUUUUGCUGGGAUUCUCAGGCUGGACUUGAGUCCUGUCCACUAUUACAGUAAGAGCAGCAGGGUACCCUUGAUUUCUAUUAAUACGUUAUUCAGUAACUGACCCCAAAUGGAAUAUAAGCAACUAAACAUCCAGAUGUAGCGCAUGUCAUGUGUCUUCAUGUUUAAAGACGAUCAGAGACAAACUGAAAGAUUUAUCCUAACCAGGAUGCAGUCCAUGUUGUGUAUGGUUUUUUUUUUUAUUUGAUCUGCUUCCGAGAUUAAAGUGGCUGAACCUCA